CAGAUUCGUAUUCUCUCUCUACCAUUGUCUUCCUCUUCCAGAACUUUCUCAUCUCUCUCCACGUGUUUUCUCUCUCUUUCUUUUUCGUUUAUUCAUCCUUUCUGUAUAAUUCAUCCAACCAUUUCAAAACUACCAGGAAUUCGAACCAGGGAUUGAUUCUCUCACCUUUCUCUGUUCGAAUUCUUUGGACCUUAAUGCUACUAUCAAUCAUUUUGAGAUACUUGUGUUGAUGAGAUCAGAAGGUUCUUAAAAUGGACAGCUCAGAAACAUAAAUAUAAAUAUCUGGGAUUCAUUAUUACUACUGGACUUUGAAAUUUGGAAACUCAGCAAUAAUCUCAAUUUUUCUGCUUUUGAAAUUUGUGGAGGGUGGACGACAUCAUGGCUAUUGAAAUUACUUCUAUUGUUUCAAAACUAUCAAUGUUAUCCACUUCCGAUCAUGCUUCUGUUGUUUCUAUGAACUUGUUUGUGGCACUUCUGUGUGCUUGUAUUGUCCUUGGUCAUCUUCUCGAGGAGAAUCGCUGGAUGAAUGAAUCCAUCACUGCCCUUUUGAUUGGUAUAUGCACUGGUGUAGUGAUUUUGCUGUUUAGUGGUGGAAAAAGUUCGCAUAUUCUUGUUUUCAGUGAAGAUCUUUUCUUUAUAUACCUGCUGCCGCCAAUUAUAUUCAAUGCCGGGUUUCAAGUAAAGAAAAAGCAGUUUUUUGUCAACUUCAUGACUAUCACAUCAUUUGGAGCUAUUGGCACAUUAAUAUCUUGUGUUAUUAUAACCACGGGUGCUACUUUUGCUUUUAAGAGGAUGGAUAUUGGGACACUGGAAAUCGGCGAUUACCUAGCUAUUGGAGCAAUAUUUGCCGCAACAGAUUCCGUUUGCACAUUGCAGGUGCUAAAUCAGGAUGAGACACCUUUAUUGUAUAGUCUUGUAUUUGGGGAAGGUGUUGUGAAUGAUGCUACCUCAGUUGUGCUUUUCAAUGCAAUUCAAAGCUUUGAUCUUAACCAACUUAACCCUUCAAUUGCAUUGCACUUCUUGGGCAACUUCCUGUAUUUGUUUGUAGCAAGCACACUCCUUGGUGUUGUGACAGGUCUGCUUAGUGCUUACGUCAUCAAAAAGCUGUACAUUGGCAGGCACUCCACAGAUCGUGAGGUUGCUCUUAUGAUGCUAAUGGCAUACCUCUCCUAUAUGCUGGCUGAGUUAUCCUAUCUGAGUGGCAUUCUUACCGUAUUCUUUUGUGGUAUUGUAAUGUCUCAUUAUACCUGGCAUAAUGUGACGCAGAGUUCAAGAAUCACUACUAAGCAUUCUUUUGCUACCUUGUCCUUUGUUGCUGAGAUCUUUAUCUUCCUUUAUGUUGGUAUGGAUGCCCUGGACAUUGAAAAAUGGAAGUUUGUUAGUGAUAGUCCUGGAACAUCUAUAGCAGCAAGUUCAGUAUUGUUGGGUCUAAUACUUCUUGGAAGAGCAGCGUUUGUUUUCCCCUUAUCCUUCUUAUCCAACUUGACUAAAAAAUCACAACAUCAGAAGAUCUCCUUCAGACAGCAAGUGAUCAUUUGGUGGGCUGGUCUUAUGAGAGGUGCUGUUUCAAUGGCACUUGCGUAUAAUCAGUUCACCAUGUCGGGGCAUACUCAACUGCGUAGCAAUGCAAUCAUGAUAACCAGCACCAUCACUGUUGUCCUUUUCAGCACAGUGGUGUUUGGUUUGCUGACUAAGCCACUUAUAAGGCUUCUACUACCUCAUCCUAAAAUCACAAGCAGCAUGACAACCACAGAAUCGACUACUCCAAAAUCAUUCAUUGUCCCACUUCUAGGAGAUUCCCGAGAUUCUGAAGCUGAUCUUGAAGGCCAUGAAAUUCACCGACCAAACAGCCUUCGUGCUUUACUAUCAACUCCAACUCACACUGUUCAUCGAUUAUGGCGAAAGUUUGAUGAUUCAUUCAUGCGUCCUGUUUUUGGUGGUAGAGGUUUUGUUCCUGUAGAACCUGGCUCACCAAGUGAACGCAAUGGUAAUCAAUGGGGUUGAGAAAAGAAGCCAUGAAAUGUGUAAUAUGUGUUGUAUACUACGUAUGAUUUGUAAAAGUCAUGCAACGUGUGUAUAAUGUAUUUAUUGCAUAAGAACCUCGUAGUGAAAUUUUGUUGAGUUGUUUGA